ACAGGCCCGAACAUUCUCUAAGACCCGCCGAAAGCCCUUCAUUCGUCUCUGUAUGCUUCAGCUUCAGAUUACGAGUCUCCUGCUUUUUAAUCACAAGUUUUGUUGUUUUUCUUCGUCACUCCGCCGAAUGAACAAGGGGAAGACCCCUCAACGUCUCAACAAGUUAACACACCUAUCAAAUCCCACAAAAACCAUCGAAAAUUCCAUUAAAGUCAAACGGAAACCAAAACGAAAGAAUAAUUCAAAGUUUCAAGCAAAUGGAGGAAUGAUACCUCCAGCAUCGCAAUCCCCAUCGUCUUUAUGCUACGACAAAUGGGCAAUCUUGGGUCCUGAUUUCUACCAAAUUGAUGCCCUUGAACUUGCCCCACGUUUGCUGGGCAAGUUUCUCAAGAAAGAUGACGUUGUACUUCAGAUAACCGAGGUGGAAGCUUAUAGGCCCAAUGAUUCAGCUUGCCACGCCCGAUUUGGUAUUACAUCAAGGACUGCCCCUGUUUUUGGACCAGGAGGACACACAUACAUUUAUCUUUGCUAUGGUCUCCAUACCAUGCUUAAUGUUGUGGCAGAUAAGGAAGGGGUUGGAGCUGCUGUCCUCAUUCGUUCAUGUGCUCCUGUUAGUGGAUUGGAAACAAUUCAGCAGCGUCGUGGUUUAAAAACGGAGAAGCCGGUUCUCCUAACAGGGCCUGGAAAGGUUGGACAAGCAUUAGGAAUUUCGACCGAGUGGUCUAACCAUCCUCUUUUUACACUUGGUGGCUUGGAACUCUUAGAUGGACCAGAGCCAGAAAAGAUACUAGUUGGUCCAAGAGUCGGAAUAGAGUACGCAUUACCCGAGCAUGUCACUGCAUUGUGGAGAUUCGCAAUGGCCGGAACUCCAUGGAUAAGUGCUCCUAAAAACACUCUCAGAGCUCCGUAACUUGGUAUUUAGAUAUUUGCUAAAUAUACUCGAUCACAACUUCUCUUAAUAUGUAAUUUGGUACUUUUUUUUAUCAUCUAUCAACCUGCAGGGCUGUAAACAUUCUCUAAGUUGUAAAGGUCACAAUUUUUGAAGAA